GUUGGGCCGUAUUAAAAAUCAAAGCCCAUAUGAUUCUUUCUCAACUUGGUCUCAAAGCUUCUUCGUUUUCCAAUCCCAUCCUCGCCAGUUCUUUCAGAGCAGACGAGGAUCUCGAAGAUCAGGUAACCCUCUCAGAGGAUAGAGUAGUGUCAUAACUCAUAAGUUACAGGAUGAUGCCUUCGGCUCAAGAUCCGUUCUAUGUUGUGAAAGAGGAGAUUCAAGAAUCUAUCGAUAAGCUGCAGUCUUCUUUUCACCAAUGGGAACGUAUUUCAUCUAACGGUGGACAACAACUACAACUCACGAAGGAGCUGCUUGCCACUUGUGGAAGCAUCGAGUGGCAGGUAGAUGAACUGGACAAAGCAAUAUCUGUAGCGGCUAGAGAUCCCAGUUUUUAUGGUAUUGAUGAAGUGGAACUUGAAAAGCGAAGGAGAUGGACAAGCACUGCUCGUGCUCAGGUAGGUGCGGUAAAAAAAGCAGUGGAAGCUGGAAAGGAGUCCACUGGAACUAGCGCAGCUGGAAUGCGGCGGGAACUAAUGAGGCUGGCAAAUUCUCAGGAGACAGACAGAUCCAACCAAUAUGCUGCACACCAUAACGAUGAUUUCAUAACAUCAGAAUCAGAUAGACAGUUGCUUCUCAUAAAGCAACAAGAUGAGGAGUUGGAUGAACUCAGUGCCAGUGUGGAGAGAAUUGGAGGUGUCGGACUUACCAUACAUGAAGAGCUCCUGGCACAGGACAAGAUUGUAGAGGAGUUGGGUAUGGAAAUGGACAGUACGUCAAACCGGCUUGAUUUUGUUCAGAAAAAGGUGGCAACAGUGAUGAAGAAGGCUGGUGUAAAAGGCCAGAUUAUGAUGAUACUCUUUUUGGUGGUUUUGUUCAUCAUUCUUUUUGUUUUGGUCUUCCUCACCUAGUCCGAAAACCAAAACAGCUCUACCCUGAUCAUACAAGGGGAGGAUGUGCCUUUUUGAAAGAAAUAUGGAACUCUUUUGAGUACAAAUAUAUUGUGGGAUGUUAGGUUUGUUCAUAAAAGCUUUCCUGGAAAUUGUGAACCAACCAAUCUUUUUUUUUUCCUUUCUUUUUCUUAAGGUUGUUUAUAAAGUUUUUAGGCAGGAUUUGAUGUUGAGCAAUUGGGGCUAGAGUUAAACGAGCACGGGAUUUCAUA